AUGAUCGACGACUUGCCCCACGGUCGAUACCGAAUAGUGGGCAAGUUAGGAUUCGGCGGUUACUCGACCAUCUGCCUUGCUCACGAUGAUGGACUAGAACGCUAUGUCGCCAUAAAAGUUGGAGUCUCCAGUCCGUCGCUCUCUCGACGCGAGCCACGUAUCCUACGCGACCUAUCUCGCUCAACGCCAACAUCAUAUGCUGCCCGUGUAGCUAUCGAUGCAAGUGACGCCAUACCAAGCAUUUUGAAUGAACUUGACAUCCAGGAAGCAUCGUUUAGUCGUCUCUUUCCCAUCGAGGUCGCCCGGGCGCCGGCUGCGAAACUGACGAUGGCGGUUGCCUUUGUCCACGGUCGUGGAUUCUUCCAUGGAGCAUUUAACCAACUCUCAAUCGACCAGUUCAGGAAUGAAUUUGGCGAGCCUGAGACGGUUCCCAUUAGUCGCCUGGAUGGAAGCCCUCUCCCGCCUAACAUCCCUCCCCGCGCUGUAGUGCCCCUGUAUCUUGGGGAGAAGUUCCCUCUAGCUGACGCGCAUGGCCUUGUUCUCAACGACUUCGGUGAGGCGUUUGCACCAGCCACGGAACAGCGUCUCGGGAAGGACUGCAAUACGCCCGGUGCUAAGACAGCAUCAGAGGCACUUUUUGAGCCCGACGCGCCCCUAUCGUAUCCAUCAGACAUAUGGAGCCUUGGAACUGCCAUAUGGGAAAUCCUGGGCAUGGAGUUCAUCCUUAGUGAGUCAGAAACACAAGGUGACAUUGCGGCUCAGCAAAUUGACGUCCUCGGUUCUCAGCAUGGCCUCCCCUCGACAUGGCCUCCCCUCGACAAGGCCUUUGAUGAAUUCGUGCAAAAGUGCAGAAAAAAACGAGAGAUGGCCGGGGUUUUGGGGGAGGAGGAGACGCGUGCAAUUCUUGAUAUGAUGCGAGGUAUGCUCAAGUCCCGACCUGAGGAACGAUUGACGGUAGAGGAAGUGCUUGGGUCUGAGCGGAUGACCGAAUGGGUAUUGCCUCAGUUGGAGACUGGAGUGAAGAUGUCAUGA